CAGAAGAGGGCGCAAAUACAGCGCGUGAGCUAGAUUCCUGCCAUUAUCACCUACAGAAGAAGAGGUCACAGGAAACGCUUCCCACCGGUGACGUUUCGUUGUUGCACACAUUUGGAAAGUGCUGCGCCAGGAAUACUCAUCUCAUUGUGUUACAGAAACCCUCUCUUUAUUCAGCUGUGAUGGCCAAGCUGAGGGGCUUUGAGUUCUGGAGGAGAACCCUGAACCAAGCAAACUUUGUGGUGGCUCCCAUGGUGGACCAGAGCGAGCUGGCCUGGCGCCUGCUGAGCCGGCGGCAUGGUGCUCAGCUCUGCUACACCCCCAUGCUCCAUGCUCAGGUGUUUGUUCGUGAUGCCAACUACAGGAGGGAAAACCUUUACAAUGAGGUGUGUGAAGAGGACAGACCUCUCAUCACGCAGUUUUGUGCCAAUGAUCCAGAGGUGUUCGUUCAGGCGGCUCUGCUGGCCCAGGACUACUGCGAUGCUGUCGACCUCAACCUGGGCUGUCCGCAGAUGAUUGCUAAGAGAGGGCACUAUGGAGUUUUCCUACAAGACGAAUGGGAGCUGUUAGAGAAAAUGGUCAGGUUAGCCAAUGAAAAGCUCUCUGUGCCCAUCACGUGUAAGAUCCGUGUGUUCAAGGAGAUGGAAAAGACGGUCCGCUAUGCCCAGAUGCUGGAGAGAGCUGGAUGUCAGCUGUUGACGGUACACGGCAGAACCAAAGACCAGAAAGGAGCCAUGACAGGUAUCGCCAGCUGGGAGCACAUCAAGGCAGUACGGAAGGCAGUAAAUAUUCCAGUGUUUGCAAAUGGUAACAUUCAGCACCUGAGUGAUGUGGAGCGCUGCAUUCAAGAGACAGGAGUGCAGGGAGUUAUGAGUGCAGAGGGGAACCUCCACAACCCUGCACUGUUUGAGGGACGCAGCCCCCCAGUGUGGGAGAUGGCUGAGGAAUAUCUGGAGGUGGUGAAGCAACAUCCCCCUUGCACCCUGUCAUAUGUACGAGCCCACCUCUUCAAGCUCUGGCACCACACGCUACAGAUUCACCAGGACUUGAGGGAGGACUUGUCCAAAAGGAAGACCCUCGAGGGUUUGGCCAAUGUCAGCAAACAGCUGAGGCUGCGCUGUCAGGAGGAGAUAGCCAAAGGAAAGGAUAUGGAAGAGAAGGAGAGUGGUCUGCCAUUCCCCCACUGGAUCUGCCAGCCAUAUGUCAGACCAGCGCCAAAGGAGCCAGUUGCCAACGGUAACAGCCAGAGUUCAGAGGUGAAGAAGACAGUGUGUCAGAAGAGGGCACUGGAGGACUCGGACGGAGCACCCGACACACUCUCCAAAAACAAGCAGAAGAAGAGAUCCCGAAACCCCAACAAGAACUUCUGUCCCGAGCAGAAACCCAAGUACAUCAAAUGUGAGCAGUGUGGGAACCCAAAGGGAAACAAAUGUGUCUUCAACCUGUGUCGAGGAUGCUGUAAGAAGAUGGCCUACAAGGAGGUUGCAGACUGUCCAAGCCACGGGCUGAAGUUCAAGACCAAGGCGGAGAAACUGAAGGCUGAGUAAGAGGAGAAGAAGGAGGACUCUGCGACAGAGACGAAGAGCAGCAGCCCUCCUCAGCCUCUCCUGGAUCUAAGAACAGAGCUGCAGGAACAAUCCAAGGCACAGCUGCCACGAUGAGCACGACUGUGGCUCUUUCUACAUGCACACCGUUCUCGCCUCACCUUUGAGUUUACGCACAACAUUUCACUCAGAACAUGUUCAGCUCACGGGUGAUUUUGGCUGUCCUGUUCCUUCCGACAGCUGAGACAUGCAGUUGGAGCCUUCAAGUUAAAGUUAAAGUUAAAGUUCUGUGCAUGUAGAAGGAGCCAAUGAUCCGUCAGGACAUACAGCUGCUUAGUGGCACUGAUAGUGAUGUGUGGAUGGACUCUGACCAGCUGACCAAAUCCAUAAAGUAACAAUUUCAGGAAGAUGAUUGACUCUAAAGGCUUUUUUUGGUUUUGUUUUUUUUUUUUUCUCUUUUUGUUUCCUUGUUGAGACAAAAGUGAAAGUAUUUUUUAACUCAUCAUCUUCUAUUUUAAAGGCAAAUAUUUUACGAGGAGUUUGUAUGUAUUUUAUGCAAAGUUGUUACCGAGCCACCAAAGUAAAAAGAUCCAGUAACUUCCAGAUUCAUGGAGAAAAUGGCUCGUCCUUAACAGGUUUUAUUUCUGUCUUUUAAGGUCAAGAAUGUGGUUGCAUUUUAAUUCUUAAGUUAACCUAUUUAUUCCAGGUAAAGGUUUGCCUUGUGUAUGUGCCUUUUAAUGAGAAGUACCACUAUCCAGAUAUGAACUUGAGCUCAUGAGGGAGAAAACGGGUAAAAGGAAUCAUAGUGGUGCUCUAUCUGCUCUUGUCUAGGACUUGCUCAGUGACAACACAAUCCAACAGAAAUGUAUUUGAAGUUGCUUACCUGUAUUGUGCAUACAGUUUUCAGAGAAGUUUUUUGAGGUAAAUAAGAAGCCGUUUAUCAAAUUUAUCUCUGGAAGUGUUUUGUCCAGCUUGCCUACUUUCAAAAAAAAGACAAAAAAACAACAGACCUCUAGAGACACAGAUGACCGCUGGCUGUGCUGAUGAUGAGGUUGCUUGAGAUAAUGUGUACAAGAACAAAAAAAAAACACUGUGGAGACUUCUCUUUUGUUUGUUUGGAGAGGCAAAAUGUCAAUUUUCUCAACUGAAUUCGGGUAACUGAUGUGAAUCCUCUCAUCUGCAUUAAAGCCCCUGCAAACAUUUUUUUUAAAAAAACAUUAUUUCUCUAAAUAAUUAAAUAUUCUUGACAAAAUUAGCAACAACCAGGUUUGUAAGAACAUCCUCUUAAGGUAUAAUUUAUCCCAAACUAAACUGUGUGGGUGUCAACAACUGCAGUCAGAUACCUAUGUAGAUGUUAAUAAUCAUGUUUGGUGCACAGAAGUAGAUGAAGUCAGCUUUUGAUAUUGUAUCUUCACCUGCGUUACACCAGUGAAAAGAGCAGUGACAGAAAUGAACACAGGAAUCUGUUGUGUAGUAACCUAAAACUUGUCAAGCUCUGGCAGAAUAUUCAGAAGAUACGUUUUCAGGGGCUUUAACGUAAAUCAAACCCCAAAAUGUUGGCUCUAUCGAUGAAUUGUUGCUAACAUGGUCAUUUUUUUCCUUUUUACUAAAGAAUACAUCUGGUAGCCCUCACCAGCCUUCA